AGGCGCGUGCGCGGCUUUAACUAAUUUAUUUAAUUUCGAAAAAAUUAACUUUACUUUUAUUUGUUUUAAAACUAAUCAAAAAAGAUUAAAAUUAUACUCAAACUCAAAUAUCAUAUAAAGAGGUUUUGUUUUUUUUUUGUCAACUGCAAAGGAUAAGCCAAAAAAUGCCUGUGCAACCAAAAGUAACUUUAGCGCUGCUAUUUUUAACAAUUUUAACGAACUCAGUUAUUGCAAGACCCUACAAGGAUUCCCCAAUACAAACAAUUAUAGUUCCUUAUCAUCGUACAGUGAUUAGUGGACAAGCCUAUCAAUACCCGAAAUUGAGUGGUGAAAACCGACAUGUACUUAUACCUGACAAAAUGGAUAUGGUGCCGAAUUUCAACUUAAAUCAAGGUGCUAUGGCUGUGGGCAGCAAGAAAGGAGUUCCAUUGAAUUUCGCCGAUGGAGCUUACCCAGUCUACUAUAUGCCCGGUAAUGCGAAUGGAAGAUUCAAUGGACAAAUUUCACUGCUGACUUAAACGUUAAGAAAUUAUAUAUCGAAAAUAGUUAUAAGUGCUGUGAUAAAGUGAAUUGUAGUUUUAAUAACGAUAAUUAAAUAUAUUUAAAAAUGUAUAAUUAAU